AGAAGUGUGUAUUAAUUAAGAAUAAGGUUAGCCUAAAAACACAUAGCAAUAGGAAUAGCAUUGAUUUUGGGUGGGAAAAGAGAUGGUGUUGUGGGAGAUUACACUUGCAACUGCGUAUUUUUUGGGCCUCAAGCGCUCUUACAGGCUCGCCCUCAAGGCUCAGCGCAGGCUCCUUACCCCUAACCAUUCUAAGAUCCGUCACCUUCUUCACCGACGAACACGUGCCGUAUUUGGUGUAGCAAUCAAAGUUCAUCAGAGCAUUCAAGAAAGAGACUUACAAGUGGGUCGGAAUAUGCAAAACUUCAUUUUCGGAUGGCUAGAUCGAAUGAAAACAUCAGCAAAGACUCAGGGUGGAUUACCCAUCAAUGGUGCUACCUCAAGUUUAAGAAUGACGAAGCUUGUGGCUGCCCACAACCUUAAAACACCUGAUCACUAUAGAUUGUUCAAGAGGGACACAGAUAAGUAUUUCUUUACCUCAUCAUCGAUUAUAUGCCCAAAGCCUUUUCCCUACAUUACAAGGAUGAUGCGACCACCAAAUCCUGCUGGGACUACAGCACAUUGCCGGCACUUCAACUUCUAUGCUCCUGAUGUUUUUAGUUCAAACUAUAAAGUAAAUUGGUCGCAGGGUGUUAUUAGGAAGGACAUCAUGCAAUGGAUGUUACAAAACUAAUGGCCGUUUUCUAUUCUGAUGGGUGAAGCAGUGGCUACAACACAUCAGUGUGGCAGAUGCUGAAAUGUGAUGGGCGAUGAAAACUUGUUGAUAUUUUCUUUCCCAAACCUAAACAUUAUUUCUCUUUAGUUUGUUGUGCUGUUUUAUGGAGAAUGGAGAGCUCAUUCUCCUUGAUAAAGCUCAAGACUAUGCAAAGUCCAGCAACAAUAACCCUAAACCCUAAACCAAGACUAUGCAAGUCCAAAGAGAAAUAAAAGCAAAAAUAACGAACAUCUGUUUGUAGCUUUGGUUUAUAGAGAACCAGCGAACUAGUGAUGUAGAUUAGACUGUUGUCUAGUGUGUUAUUAUUUUGUAAUUUUGAUUUCAUACUCAGUGUUUGAUUUUAGAUUAAUUUUAGGGAUUUUUCUUAAUUAGCGAUUCUACUUAUUUGUUGGAUUUGAUUAGUUUUUAUUAAAUUGUGGUUAGAUUUUAUG